AUGGAGACCAAAGGCUACCACAGUCUCCCUGAAGGUCUAGAAAUGGAAAGACGGUGGGGUCAAGUUUCUCAGCCUGCAGAGCGUCCUGCCCUGGGACCCGGACCCACGGAGCAGCCAGAUGAGAGUAACUACAUGGAGAUCGUCGACGUACGCUGCAUCUCCGGUGCUAUUCCAAACAGCAGUACUCAAGGAAGCAGCAAAGAAAAACACGAACUACUCCCUUGCCUCCAGCAAGACAGCAGCCGGUCCGGGAUUUUACCAUCUGAUAUAAAAACCGAGCUGGAAUCAAAGGAACUUUCGGCCACGGUGGCCGAGUCUAUGGGCUUGUACAUGGAUUCCGUGAGAGAGGCCGACUACGCCUAUGAUCAGCAGAACCCACAGGGAAGCGGCAGUCCAGCAAAGAUGUAUCAAAACGUCGAACAGCUUGUGAAAUUUUACAAAGAGAACGGCCACCGUCCUUCCACGCUGGGGGGUGCGAGCAGGCACUUGCGGUCCUUCCUGCCCGACUCUGGGGGCUCUGUUAAUGGCGGGGUCAUGCGCAAUGUGGUGAAGAGCCCCAUCCUAGGGCACGAGAAGGGCCCGGCAGUUUGCAGCCCUCUGACCCUGUCAUCCUCGGGUUGCAGCCCCGCCAGCAUCAGCUGUGUGUCCUCCACUUCAGCCAGCUUGGGCAGUUUCCCAGUGCACAGCCCCAUCGCCCAGGGCACCCCUCUGCCAUGCUCCCCCAAUGUGGAGACGCGGGGCUCCAGGUCACACAGCCCAGCGCAUGCCAGCAACGUGGGCUCACCUCUCUCCAGUCCAUUGAGUAGCAUGAAAUCCCCGAUUUCCAGCCCCCCGAGUCACUGCAGCGUGAAGUCUCCGGUCUCCAGUCCUAAUAACGUCACUCUGCGAUCCUGCGUAUCCAGCCCUGCAAACAUCAACAACUCAAGGUGCUCCGUUUCCAGCCCUUCCAACACAAACAACAGAUCCACGCUGUCUAGCCCAGCCGCUAGUACUGUGGGGUCUAUCUGUAGCCCUGGAAGCACCGCCUUCAGCUACACUGCUUCGGGCACCCCAGUGGGGUCCAGCGCAGCCCGAGAUGUGGUUCCCAGUCCAGACACCCAGGAGAAAGGUGCUCAAGAGGUCCCCUUUCCUAAGACUGAGGAGACAGAGAACGCCAUCUCCCAUGGUGUGGCUGGCCAGCUUAACAUCGUCCAGUACAUAAAGCCGGAGCCAGACGGAGCUUUCAGCAGCUCGUGUCUAGGAGGAAACAGCAAAAUAAAUUCUGAUUCCCCCUUCUCAGUACCAAUAAAACAAGAGUCAACCAAGCAUUCAUGUUCUGGCACCUCUUUUAAAGGGAAUCCAGCAAUCAACCCCUUUCCGUUCAUGGAUGGCUCAUACUUUUCCUUUAUGGAUGAUAAAGACUAUUAUUCUCUAUCAGGAAUUUUAGGACCACCUGUGCCGGGCUUUGAUGGUAACUGUGAAGGCAGCGGGUUCCCCAUGGGGAUAAAACAAGAACCGGAUGAUGGGAGCUUCUACCCAGAGGCCAGCAUCCCCCCAUCUGCCAUCGUUGGCGUGAAUUCAGGUGGACAGUCCUUUCACUAUAGGAUUGGUGCUCAAGGUACAAUAUCUUUAUCACGAUCAGCUAGAGACCAAUCUUUCCAACACCUGAGUUCCUUCCCUCCUGUCAAUACCUUGGUGGAGUCGUGGAAAUCACACAGUGACCUGUCGUCGAGAAGAAGUGAUGGAUAUCCGGUCCUAGAAUACAUUCCAGAAAACGUAUCAAGCUCUACUUUACGAAGUGUUUCCACUGGAUCCUCAAGACCUUCCAAAAUAUGUUUGGUGUGUGGGGAUGAGGCAUCAGGAUGUCAUUAUGGGGUAGUAACCUGUGGCAGCUGCAAAGUGUUCUUCAAAAGAGCAGUGGAAGGGCAACACAACUAUUUGUGUGCGGGAAGAAAUGACUGCAUAAUUGAUAAGAUUCGGCGGAAGAAUUGUCCUGCGUGCAGACUUCAAAAGUGUCUUCAAGCUGGAAUGAAUUUAGGAGCUCGAAAGUCCAAGAAGUUGGGGAAGUUAAAAGGGAUUCACGAGGAACAGGCGCAGCAGCCUCCACCCCCACCCCCGCCCCCGCAGAGCCCGGAGGAAGGCACUACAUACAUCGCGCCUGCGCAGGAGCCCUCGGUCAACUCGGCGCUGGUCCCGCAGCUCUCCACAAUCUCGCGAGCGCUCACACCUUCGCCUUCUAUGAUCCUUGAAACCAUCGAGCCCGAGAUUGUGUAUGCAGGCUAUGACGGCUCCAAACCAGAUACGGCCGAAAACCUGCUCUCCACCCUCAACCGCUUAGCCGGCAAGCAGAUGAUCCAAGUUGUGAAGUGGGCGAAGGUACUUCCAGGAUUUAAAAACCUGCCUCUUGAGGACCAAAUCACCCUCAUCCAGUAUUCUUGGAUGUGUCUGUCGUCAUUUGCCUUGAGCUGGAGAUCAUACAAACAUACAAACAGCCAGUAUCUCUAUUUUGCACCAGACCUAGUCUUUAAUGAAGAGAAGAUGCACCAGUCUGCCAUGUAUGAGCUCUGCCAGGGGAUGCACCAGAUCAGCCUUCAGUUUGUCCGGCUGCAGCUCACCUUCGAGGAAUACACCGUAAUGAAAGUGUUGCUGCUGCUGAGCACAAUUCCAAAGGAUGGCCUCAAAAGCCAGGCUGCGUUUGAAGAAAUGAGGACAAAUUACAUCAAGGAGCUGAGAAAGAUGGUAACAAAGUGCCCCAGCAACUCUGGGCAGAGCUGGCAGAGGUUCUACCAACUGACCAAGCUUCUGGACUCCAUGCAUGACCUGGUGAGCGACUUGUUGGAAUUUUGUUUCUAUACCUUCCGGGAGUCCCAGGCCCUGAAAGUGGAGUUCCCAGCCAUGCUGGUGGAGAUCAUCAGUGACCAGCUGCCCAAGGUGGAGUCCGGGAAUGCCAAGACCCUUUACUUUCACAGGAAGUGACGGGAGACGUCUCACAAGAAGAACUUUGCCUUAAGUUUCCCCGUGUUGUUCCACACCCACGAAGGACCCAAGAAAAAUCCUAUUUUUGACACACAUGAUGGUUUAUUCCCACUUGUUCAGCAGUUUCUCAAGUUGAAAAUCAUGUCAAGGGUUGGGAGGCAGGCAGGCAGGGUGACGUGGCUUUGGUGAGACCUGCACAGUCUGGAAGGUUCUUCCUUCUCCAACCCCCAGCGCUUAGAAACAUGUUCCUGUUCCUCUGGAUGAAAAGCCAUAUCUAGUCAAUAACUUUCUGAUUUUGAUAUUUUAACAGAUGGAAGUUUUAACUAUGCCAUGUCGUUUCUGGGAUCGUUCGCUUGUGUUAAAAGGGUUCAAGAACUAACGAACUUUUUCAAGCUCACCCUUGGUUUGCACAUAAAAACGUAUAGUCAAUAUGGGGCAUUAAUAUUCUUUUGUUAUUUAAAAAAACAAAAAAGAAAAAACAUAUACAGAUUCCUGUUGUGUAAUAACGGAGCACGUGGAGUGGACUGGCAGCUCCCUCGGGGUGCGUCUUCACCCACGUCUUUCUGCAUCACUGGUAUCCACACC